GAAAAUAAAAAAUCCUUGAGAAUCAGAAGCAGUUUGUCCCUCCCCUCACAAAAGCGGCACUGUCCACCGGCGAUCUCAAUCUCCGGUCUCUUACGUCAUCCAAAUCUUCAGUUCAAUAAUAAUUUACUGAAAAUAUGGCGGAAAGACAGACAGGGGAGCAACACCAUGAUACUUGGGCAGCAGAUGAUAUGAUCGGAUAUGUGAAGGCAAUGGAGGCCGCUUUACUCCCUUGUCUUCCUGCCAGAGAGCUUCAAGCUAUUGAUCGAUCUCCUCAUCCUUCACAUCAGAUUGAUGUGGAGAGACAUGCUAGAGAUUUUAUGGAGGCUGCCAAAAAACUCCAACUCUACUUUAUUGGUCUGCAACGCGAGGAUCAGCCAACGAAAGAAGAACUCUUGCAAAAGGAUAUUGCCAUGAUGGAAGCAGAACUGAAGACGAAGACUGAACUUAUCAAGAAACAGGAAAGACUGAUUCAGGGGUGGAGAGAGGAGUUAAAAGACCAAUUAGAAAGACACAAUUCCGAAUUAGAGAGGGUUUAGUGUAUUAUUGCGAUACAUAUUUGUCGACAUUCAUUCUAUUGAUUAACUGACUGUAUUAGCGUGUAGUAGCCAUCACUGCUUGAAUGAAAAGGGAUUUCCAUUACAUUCCAAAGUAAUGGGUGCUCCAAACUUUUAAAUGUGCACUUUUGGUCCAAAUAUUUGUGAAAAUGCAGACUCUAAGUCCAAUGAUUGACAUCUUCACUUUCA